UUUCCAGGGCCGUGCAGGACCAAGUGGGGAACCAGGCCGACCUGGUGCCACUGGGCUACGGGGUGAAUCCGGCCAGCAGGGUCCUACUGGGGUUUCGGGACCCAAAGGUAACCAGGGCAUUGCUGGGACAGAUGGACUACCAGGAAGUAAAGGAGAACAGGGCCCUUUUGGCUCUCCUGGACAGAAAGGGGAAGCAGGACAGAGAGGAGAGCCUGGCCCGAAAGGAGUGCACGGCCCCAAUGGAACUGCUGGACUUCCAGGAAUUCCAGGCCAUCCUGGCAAAAUGGGUUUGCAAGGCGAGCAAGGAAUCCCUGGGAUUGUGGGGAAAACGGGCCCUCCGGGAAAAGAAGCUAGUGAGGAACGCAUCCGAGAACUCUGCGACGGAAUGAUCAGCGAGCACAUUGCCCAGUUAGCUGCUAAUUUAAGGAAACCCUUGGCUCCUGGACUCAUGGGGAAGCCUGGGCCCGCUGGACCUCCGGGGCCUGCUGGAGCAAUGGGGAGCAUUGGACAUCCUGGGGCCCGUGGCCCACCUGGAUACAGGGGACCCCCAGGGCAUUUGGGAGCUCCUGGGCCCAGAGGGGACUCAGGUGAGAAGGGAGACAAAGGAGUCGCUGGCAAAGGCGUGGAUGGACCUGUUGGAGAUCAAGGCCCGCAAGGACCACCAGGUGUUCCUGGAAUCAGGAAAGAUGGCCGGAAUGGUGCGCCUGGUGAACCUGGGUUACCAGGGGAUUCUGGAAGACCGGGUUCAGCUGGAGCACAAGGAACUACAGGACUCUGUGAUUCGUCUGCCUGCAUAGGAGCUGCUGCUAGAGGGAAAUUCAAGAAAUCAUAAAUCCGCAGGAAGUUGAAUUAAAUUGUCCAACAACUGUACAUACCUGGACUGGUGAUUCAGACAGAAAAUGCAGGCGUUUAAAUGGCUAGGAAGUGGGAUACUUUGCAGAGCUCCCUGUUUUGAUUGGGGUUCACAAAUGUAAAUCGGGUGAAUUGAAUCAAACUGGAUGAUUAAAAUUAUCAUUUAUAAAAUGUGCAUAAUUCAAAGAUUCCCUUGAAAUUCACUCCCUGACAUUUUGUGUCCACAACAGCUUAAUGUAUUGGAUCAAAAGCCAUGUUGGACAUCCGAGUUUUUAUGGGUGUGAAUUAAUCACAACUGCACUGGAAACAGAUUUUACAACAUUCAAUGGAAUAUCACGAUAUACUUAGAGCCCACUCUAGGGUAUGAAUUCUUAGUAAAUGUCCAUUUUCAUGCAUGGUUUAUGAGGAAAAACGUGCACACACCUGUUUCUUAGAUGAAUUUGAACAUUUCUCCAGUAUUAUAAAGGAUAUUCAGUAAUGACACAUUAUACCCUUUCAACAUUAAGUAUUAAUAAAAAAACCAAAGUACAGAAAACAAACACUAUUGAAAACGAGUGUAUACAUUA